AUGUGCUCUAUGUGCACAACUUCUAAUUUUACUAAUAAUUUUGGUUUACUAUUUAGCCCAAAAGUCAGUUGGAGAAAAGUAGUUCUAUCUGUUGGGCAUACUUCCAUGUGUCUCGGGCUCUUCUUUCUCCUUGAGUCUUCCCAAUGGUAG